AUGGCCUUUCGGAGGGCUCGAGUCGCUGUUGUCCUCAUAGUCAUAUUGAUUCUACUUCUACUUUGGCAUUUGCCUAAGUCUGGCGAGAGGAAUUCACCUCGACCAAUUGGAGACAUUGUCGCGAUACCGCACGAGGACAACUACGACCUUCACAACCCCAUAAUCGAUUUCACCCCUCUGCCAGAGGCAUCACGAAAAGGUCUACCUCGAAUACAACACGAGUUCGGACCCGAGACUCCGGCUGCAAAACAGAUUCGGCUCGCACGGCUGGAAGAGAUUAAGUCAGCUACGCUACACUCAUGGAAUGGCUAUCGAAGAUUCGCGUGGCUGAAAGAUGAGCUGGCGCCGAUCUCGGGGAGUUCCAAGACCUCGUUCGGAGGCUGGGCAGUGACUCUAAUCGAUUCCUUGGACACCUUAUGGCUGAUGGGACUCAAGGCUGAAUUCGAGGAAGCCGUUUCAGCACUAUUGGGUAUCGACUUUGAGAAGCCCGCACAGCUUCCAAUCAACGUGUUCGAGACCACCAUUCGAUAUCUCGGAGGCUUACUCGGAGCUUACGACGUGAGCAAUGGUGAGUAUCCGGUGUUGCUCCAGAAGGCCACAGAGCUUGGAAACAUGCUUUAUGUUGCGUUCGACACGCCCAGCCACAUGCCUGUCGUCCGAUGGUCGAAGAUUGGGAUGGAAGCCCCUGCUGGAGACACUCUCGUUGCUGAACUUGGAUCUCUGACGCUGGAGUUCACCAGACUCACUCAACUCACAGGGGACGUGAAGUUUUAUGAUGCUGUACAGCGCAUAUCGGAUUGCUUCGAGUCACAGCAGGGCCAAACCAGGGUGCCAGGGCUGUUUCCAAAUGUUGUCAACGCAAGGGAAUGUUGGUUUGGCGAUGGCGUGACGUUCUCAAUCGGAGGCUCCGCCGACUCCGUCUACGAAUACUUCCCAAAGGAGCAUCAACUGCUCCGGGGCGGAAGCGCACAAUAUCAAAAACUUUACUUGACUGCUAGAGAGCCGCUGAAGCGGCAUCUCCUCUUCAAGCCAUCGACGCCAACGGGCCAAGGUCUCCUACUGGCUGGAACAUAUAAAAAAUAUCCAACGGGGCGCGAAGAGUUCAUACCAGAAACUCAGCACUUGGCCUGUUUCGCGGGCGGUAUGUUCGCCCUCGGGGCGAAGUUAUUCGACAUCCCAGAUGACUUGAACACGGCGAGAAGUCUCCUCGACGGAUGUGCAUGGGCCUACAACGCAACCGUAACUGGGAUCAUGCCUGAAAUGUUUCGCUUGAUUCCUUGUCCUGAUCGACAGCAGCAAUGUAGCUGGGACGAACAAGCAUGGAUGAAAGAAGUACUGGAGCAGAAUUCCCAAGAGGAAUCUGCAGCAGACAAACAAUCCCUGUCUGAGGAGAAACGCGCACAACGGCUGGCCGAGCGUCUCCGUCUACCGAAGGGCAUGCCUGAAAUGGAAAAUCGAGGAUACGCCCUGCGGCCCGAAGUUGUCGAGUCCAUAUUCGUUCUUUACCGCAUUACCGGGGACGAGAGCCUUCGCGAGGUGGCAUGGAGUAUGUUCGAAAGCAUAACCAAGUACACAAAGACUGAAUUUGGCUUCUCGUCCAUCGACGAUGUGACGCGGACGGAACCGGGGAAGAUCGAUACGAUGGAGAGCUUUUGGAUUGCGGAGACGUUGAAGUAUUUCUAUCUGCUGUUUGAGGAUCCGAGCGUUGUUAGUCUCGAUGAUUUUGUAUUUAACACGGAGGCACACCCGUUCAAAGUGCCAAGGGGAUAA